CAUCAGUGCUCCCACUCCGCUUCAGCUGUCAACUCAUACCAACCGCCAAAGUACACGUCAGUUUGUUUAACUCGCAAAGUUUAUUCGUUUACUCGCGACUUUGCAGUGAAAACAUGCGUUUAAAACACUUUUACCCAACUUCUAUAAAAUGAAGAAUUCGUCACUAUGCCUCCAGUGUGUUUUCAUUUUCGCUUUGUCUAGGUUCCUAGUGCUGGCCGAGGAUGCGUCCGCCGAGGACGCCCCGUCGGACGACGACGUGCCCGAGCUGGAUAGUGCCGCGGGCGAAACAGUUCCCCUGGAACCUAGUGCGGACGUGAGCGGCUUCAGCGACAAAGUCGUCGAAAACGGGGAUGUUUUCCAGCAAAUGUUCGCCGAAGCCACGUCCCAGAAUUCGGGGGUCGCCAACGACAUAACCACCAGCGGUCCGCCCGUCGUCGUCACCCUCUCCGACGCCGCCACCGCCGAACUCCAACAAAGAGCCAUACUUCCUAGUCAGAAUGCCGAAGCCGUCGAAACCGGCCACCUCAACCAAACCAACCAAACCGACGUCGACUUCAAAGAAAUCAACCAGACCCGGCCCGAGCAGCCCGACAAGCUCGACGUCCUCAAGGAGAACCUGACCGAGGAGAUCCCGUCGUUCUCCGAGUGGGCGCAGAAGCAGCUCGAGGAGGCCGAAAAAAACAAAACCAACGCCUCCACGCAGCACCCGAACGCCAACGGCAAGCAGAAGCUGCGCUGGAAGAACUACGCGUCGCUGGACUGCGGCGCCAAGGUGGUGGCGUCCAACCCCGAGGCGGUGAGCCCCAGCGCCAUCCUGUCGCCGUCGAGGGACGAGUACAAGCUCAACACGUGCACGAGCAGAAUCUGGUUCGUGGUGGAGCUAUGCGAAGCGAUCCAGGCUAAGAAAAUCGAUCUAGCGAACUUCGAGUUGUUCUCGUCGUCGCCGAAGGACUUCGUGGUGUCGGUGAGCGACAGGUUUCCGAGCCGGGAUUGGUCGAACGUGGGGCAGUUCACGGCGAAGGACGAGCGGGAUAUACAGAGCUUCGAUUUGAGUCCGCACUUGUUCGGGAAGUAUAUCAAGGUCGAGGUGAAGAGUCACUACGGGUCGGAGCACUACUGCCCGAUUUCGCUUUUUCGGGUGUACGGGACGUCCGAGUUCGAAGUGCUGCAGAAGGAGGACCCGGUGCACGCGGAUAGGAUGGAGGAGGACGACGACGACGAUGACGAAUCCCUCGAUUCCGACAACGACGCGUCCAAGAAUUUGUUCAGUUCGGCGACGGAUGCAGUCAUCUCCAUAGUGAAAAAAGCCGCGGAAGUCCUGGGGAACAAGGGGAAUCACAGCAACCAGACGGAGCCGUCGAACCACACCAAGCAAGUCGUGCCUUUAAUCAAAGUGUGCACGUCGCCUAGUCACCUGGUGGUCUGCGUCAACUGCUCGGACACCCUCUUCGGACAGAUCUACGAACUGCUUAGUUGUCAUGACUCGGAGAUCGCGACCUUGGCGCACUCCCCCUUGAUCCGGAAAGCGCUAACCCAAACCCUUAUUUGCGCCCCCUUCGGGUUCAACUUCUCCAAACCUGGUCCCUCACGUCCAUCCUAUAUUGCCGCGUUAUUCCCCGACCGCUACAUCGGCGCCAUGUGCAAUAUGGCCGCCAUUUUCCAAAGCAAGGUCGUACUUAACGUGAGCAACCACUACACGAACGCCACCCAAGUGACUGAUGAUAAACUCGUGAACAUCGAAACGUCGGAAUUGAACGUGGUGGCGGUGGAACCGGCGCGCGACGAGGUGACGGACGCGCUCAACCUAGACCUGACGGAAGCGGUGAAGUCGACGUGUUCGACGGACGUCACGUACGCCGGGCAGAUCAAACCGACGAAGACGCUAACACCGGAUUUGGACCUGGGGGGCCACACGGAAGUGGUCGAGGCAGACGGGCAACCAACGAACCCCGAACCACCCAAAGUCAACACAAGCGAGAAAAUCGAGGUGGUGGAAACCGAAGACAAAGUCGAAGUGGAGACCGUCACCGAAAGCGUGGAGUUAGACGAGCAGCUGGAGCACUUCAUGGAGUUCAACGGAGACAGUCAACACGUGCAGACAACCGCGAGCACGACGCCCCAAGCGCAGAAGGAAUCAGUAUUUUUGCGCUUGUCCAACAGGAUUAAGGCACUCGAGCGCAACAUGUCCCUCUCCGGCCAGUACCUCGAGGAACUCAGCAAACGCUACAAGAAGCAAGUGGAAGAAAUCCAGAAGCUCCUGGACAAAACCAUCGCCAGCAUAAGCGAAGAAAGCAAGAAAAAGGACGAGCGUAACAAGCAGCUCGAAGAGCGUCUGGCGGCCCUCACCGCCAGCGUGGACGCCCUCAUCGCCGAGAAGAAAAGCUGGUCCUCGACCGUCUACUGCGUCAUAGUCUCCUCUCUAGUCACCCUAUUCUUAGUCACCUUCUGCGCGAAAAUCCCCGACCCCAUCGCCCCCAAGCGCCCCGAAAUGAAGCGCCGGAAAUCCAUCGACGUGGUGCACCAGCCGCCGCACAAGAAGAAGCGCCGCCCCAGCGACCAAGCCCUCAAGAUCGUGCGCUCCUCCAUGGAGGCCAGCGAGAGCCUGAAGAAGAAGAAGCGCAAGCAGCAGGCGCUGAAGCGCAGCAACUCCAUCAGCACGCUGACCGAGGAGAAGACGGCCGCGGUGUGGACGCGGCAGGAGUCGGCGCCGGCGGCCGUGUGCGUGGACUGGGUGGAGGGCAAGCACCUGGAGGAGGUGCCGUUCGUGCUGGAGGAGAGCGAGCACUCGUCGUUGGAGCCGCUGGCGCUCGCCGAAGGUGGGAAAAUUACGGCGCCGAAUUUCGUCAAGACGGCUUUGAGUUCCAGGGCGGUGCGGGUGAACGGGGACGCGUUCAAGGCGGCGCGCAAGUCGGCGAGCGUCGACGAGACGAGUCGAAGGAAGGUCUCGGCGAAUGGGAGCGUGGGCGGGGAGGGGGGCACGCCGAAGGAGAAGCGCCGGGGGCUGCGGCGGAUCUUCAGGAAGGUGUUCUGAUGGAGGAGGGAUUGUAAGACUGACUACUUUUAAGGUUUGAUUGAGGCUGAAAUUUCUCAUUGAGGUGUACUUCGUGUGCUAGGUUUUAUUUACUGUAUAACGUGUGGUUAAUUUAUGCAAAUAUUAAUAUAUUUUGACUAUUUAUUGUUCGUUUGUUCCGUGCUGAGGUGAAGAGAAAUUCCUUUUAGAGGCCUGUGAUAAAAUUAUUUUUUAAAAGUAGUGUGUUAAUAUUUGUACAUUUUACUUUGCGAUGCCUGUUAAUAGAGGUCUACGAGAUCAGUCUGCGUUUUUGUUCUGACCGGUGCCUUUGCCUAGAGAAUGCAUACUUAUUUUUGUAGAGGUAUGUGUAUGUGGUUUUCGUUCUUAAGUAGAGGACCGACUUAAGUCGGUUGCUUAUAACGCGGACCGCAGACUAAACGCUUGCUAUGAAAUUACGCUGAAACGACUGGUUUAAUUACUUAAAAUAGUACGCUGUGAUCUGAAAAAGAAUUCUUAUUUAAUAAACUUUACUGUAA